UCGCGUUCCCUGACGGAGAGAGUGACCGCUGGUUCAGAUGAAAGAACUCAAACGUAACUCGGGGUGCAUUUCUUAACCCGGACAAAUCAUCCCCCCACAUGCGCUGACACGUCUCCAGAUAUUACACACAUCCCGUCGGAGGGAACGUUUACUGGGCUGGUUUGACACAUUGUGAAUACAUUCAAGAGACGCGCGGAGGGGGAAGAUGUUGCUGAAGGAGUACAGGAUAUGCAUGCCCCUCACUGUGGAGGAGUACCGGAUUGGGCAGCUGUACAUGAUCAGUAAACACAGUCACGAGCAGAGUGACAGAGGGGAGGGAGUGGAGGUCGUCCAGAACGAACCGUAUGAAGACCCGGAGCACGGCCAAGGACAGUUCACAGAGAAACGAGUCUACCUCAACAGUAAAUUACCCAGCUGGGCUCGAGCAGUCGUUCCUAAAAUCUUCUAUGUGACGGAGAAAGCAUGGAACUACUACCCUUACACCAUAACAGAAUAUACAUGCUCAUUCCUGCCCAAGUUCUCCAUCCACAUAGAGACAAAAUAUGAGGACAACAAAGGAUGCAAUGACAAUAUCUUUGACACCGAGCUGAAGGACCAGGAGAGGGAGGUGUGUUUUGUCGACAUUGCCUACGAUGAAAUUCCCGAGCGCUACUAUAAAGAGUCUGAGGACUUGCGAUAUUUCAAGUCCGAUAAGACAUCCCGGGGGAUUCUGCAGGAGGGCUGGAGGGACACCCAGGAACCUGUCAUGUGCUCGUACAAGCUGGUCACCGUCAAGUUCGAGGUGUGGGGACUGCAGACUCGUGUGGAGCAGUACGUGCACAAGGUGGUUCGGGAUGUGCUGCUGCUUGGACACAGGCAGGCUUUUGCCUGGGUGGAUGAGUGGAUCGACAUGACAAUGGAUGAGGUGAGAGAGUUUGAGCGCACUAUCCAGGAGGCUACCAACCAGAAGAUCGGGAUUUUUCCUCCAUCCAUCUCCAUCAGCGAAACACCCCUGUCCUCCUGUUCCCUUACCGGCCCCGCCAGUGCCCCAACCACCCCCAUGUGCACCAAUGCGCCUGAGUCCCUCUCUGUCACCAAGGACAGACCCCGCAAAAAGUCUGCUCCAGAAACCCUGACCCUUACCGACCCUGCCCCAAGUGGCGCACCCCAGGGCUCUAACCUGAGCCCACUAGCUGAUUCAAACCACCUGGAACCAUCCACGCCACCCUCCUCCAACUCUGAUGUUGCUGAGACAGACGAGCAGUAGAGGGACCUUGGGAUGUCUUCCCCUACACCCAGCUUCAUAUACCCCCAACCCCAUUGUGUUAGUAAACCAAUGGGACUCUCCUAACCUACAAACACCAGUGGCCAGAUAUUCAAGUUCUCUAGCCUUAUCCAAUUAUUUGAUCUUGGACACACAAAAGUCAUUAUCACAAUUGUCCACAACAGUGUCACUGGCAGCUGUAGCCGUCCUGAUGUGACUGAUUUCCUCUUCCUGUGAGUCAAGCCAGCCACAUGUCUCAUCCAUUAUAACCAAUCUAAUCAAACAAAAUACAUCACUAAUUUGUUUUGUUAAGAUAAUUAAUACAUAAUUCUUAGUGUUUCCUGAAUAUAGCUUUCUUCAAUCAGUCACGGUCUGAUUUUAAGCUGUUAAACUAAGAAGUAGUUGCCUUAGCACCACAGAGCCAGUGGCAUUUAUUAUUUUUGGUGAUGCCUGACAAACUGUCCUUUUUCAUUCUAUAAAAUUACCAUAUGUAUUAAGUUAGAAAUAAAAUCACAAACCAGAGAAGGAGAGUAGACCUAAUAUGUCAGAGUAACACAUGCAAGUACCCUCAUAACAGAAAGCAACUGUUUCCUGAGCCGUCCAAACUGGCCUGCGGAUAAGAUUGCACCCAUCCAUCCCAUCCCAAACUCCAAUUAUACAACAGAUGCAAGAUCAGUACAAUCAUGGAGAGCUUACACCUCAGGUAUCCCUUACUACCUGGCUCAAACUCAAAAAGCAGGGAUAUUACUUUACCUUUCUCUCCCUGCUUAUUGCCAAACGUUUUAUACCUCCACAGAUAUUAAAAUACAACUAUUGUAUGUACUCUACCAGUCUACUUAACCCUUGGAAUGUUUACACAUCAGAAACCUUGGAGCAUUUGAAUAUUAGCGGUAACGUUGUUCCUUAAGCUGUUGUUAUAUCUGCACUUGCGGUUCUAGCAUGAAAGUACAAUGAUCCUAAGAUUUAAGUUUUUGACGUUUAUUACUGCAUAUAUGUUAGUCAAGUUGACUGAGAGGUCAGUAUAUAUUAAAAGAAAACAAGUUAAGUAAAAAAAAAACAGUUUAAUGCUGCCUGAAAUGAAUGCUGGAUAUCUCAUGUGACAUAAACGUGAUCCAAUUUGAUCAAGUCACUUUAUCGUCAUGUGAAGGAACAAGGCCAUUUUGGGGAGUUUUUAAGCAUCGACAGAUCUUUGUGCACAGUCACAGUAAGUAAGUCAGUAAGGACAACUCAAAACUGGAUUUGAGGAGAAUGGCAUAUGCAACAAGCUGCAUAGCAUUUGUGGAAGUUCUGAUCCUUUUAAUUUUGCCAGUGCUGGUUUGUGAUAAUCAGCUGGUGAUUUAGUGGGCGCUUUGAAAUGGGAACACCCUAUGCAGAGCCCUUGUAUUUCUGCUGGGCUUAUACUGCUAGUUAUAUAUAUAUAUAUAUAUAUAUAGUAUACCCGUCUACACAGCAGCUUUAAAAAAAUCUUCCAACGC